AUGGAAAACCAGACACAAUCAAAACGCCUGUAUUUUUUGGCAUUUGACAAUAAUGGAGAAAAACAGGCUCUUAUUUCCAUCAUAUUUUUCUUUAUUUAUGUAACUGGAGUAUUGGGGAAUCUUGUUAUAAUAAAUGUUAUAUAUUUGGAUAUUCAUUUACACACCCCUAUGUACUUCUUUCUCUGCACCCUGGCCUUUGUAGAUAUCUGUUAUCCUACUGUCACUCUCCCUAAACUGAUAGACAUUUUGCUUUCAGGAAAUAACUCAAUAACCUUCAUACAAUGUUUUACUCAAAUGUACUUUUUCUUGGCCUUGGCUGCUGUAGAAGUUAUAUUAUUGUCCUCUAUGGCAUAUGAUCGUUAUCUUGCUAUUUGCAAGCCUUUAAGGUAUCAUUGUUUUAUGCAUAGGAGAGCAUGUGUACUGGUGAUUAUAGGGACCUGGAUUUCUGGCUUUACUAAUUCAGCAUUGUUUAUAAGUCUGGUAUCAAAGCUGACAAUUUGUCAUUCCAAUAGGAUCAAACAGUUUUUCUGUGACAUUAAGGCUGUGGCAGACAUCUCCUGUGAUAGAACUACAUUUUACAACACCAUUUAUGUGGAAGCAUUUUCAGUAGGACUCAUGACAUUUUCUCUAAAUGUAAUAUCAUAUAUAAAUAUAAUAAGAACCAUACUACACAUUAAGUCCAAACAUGGCAGACAAAAGGCUUUCUCUACUUGCACUUCCCACUUUACUGUUCUGAUCAUUUUCUAUGGCAGUGCAUUCUGGAUGUACAUGAGGCCGCCUUCAGAAUCAGAGAGCCUGGACCCGGUUUUUUCUGUUUUUUAUGUUGCAGUGACUCCCAUGUUAAACCCUCUCAUAUAUAGUUUAAGGAAUAAAGAGGUAAAGAAUGCCUUGAUAAAAAGUGUGAGGAAGAUUUCUGCAUAG